CGCUCAUAUAUCCACUAAGAAAGGGAAAAAAAACUGCACAAACAAACAUAUAUAAAGCAGACCAAAAGCGAAAUGAUGCAGACUGACUGACUGAUUCUUUGAUUUCAUCCAUCAUCAUCAAUCAUCAGUAGAAUAGAGUGAAGUAGAAACACAGAAGAAGAAGAUGACACUAGGUUUGAUCAAUGCUAAUCCAAUAGUCCACGCCAAAAAAGAACGAAUCCCUCGCUCCGAAGAAUCUCACUCCGAUCAUUUCGUUGAUCCUCUCGAUAUUUAUGAUUUCGUUAGAGAUAUUAGGGAUCCUGAACAUCCUUAUUCUUUGGAACAGCUUAAUGUUCUGUCUGAAGAAUCCAUUUCUGUUGAUGACAAAUUGGGUCGGAUUCUGAUUACUUUUACGCCUACCGUUCGACACUGUAGUAUGGUUACUGUGAUUGGUCUUUGUCUCAGAGUUAAGCUGAAGCACUAUUUUCCUGCUCAUUACAAAGUGGACAUCAAAGUAUCUCAAGGAUCUCAUGCCAAUGAAGAAUCAGUGAAUAAGCAAUUAAACGAUAAAGAGAGAAUCGCUGCUGCCUUAGAGAAUCCAAACCUGCGCCAGCUUGUGGAUGAGUGUCUCGAGUCCAAUGAACUGUGAACAAACAUAUAUUAUGCCUGCCCAAUAACUAUUGUGAAGGCAUUAGCUGCGGAUGAACACAAUAAACUGUAAUCAUUAUGUCUUUAGUUCUUUGGUUUCCAUGGGUUGUUUUUGCCCCUUUCUUGCCAACCAACCCCGCAUCAUGUUUAGCAUGGGGGUAUCUGUGUAUGUAAAUUAAGUUAGAAAUCAUUAUGUCCUAUGUUUGUACCUUUGACUAUAGAUAUGCAUCUGUAUAUUUGGCUGUUUGUGGGUUAACCCGGCCCUCAUACUCCAAGCUCAUGUUAAGCUUUUUAGGUGGUAAGUUUAAAAAAUGAUUUUGCAUUUAGAGGAGAUUUAAACUGCCGCAGUAUGAAUGUUCAAUUGCCGUAGUGUAAA